AUGCAGAAUGUGUCGCAAGAAUCGCCAACGGAUAAUCCUAAAAUAGAUAAAGUCAGUGUUCUCCACGAACUAGGGAACUCGUCGUCUACUCCCCAAUCGACUACGUCCAAUUCAAGUCCGGCUAAAUCGGAAACGGAAACGUAUUCGGAGCAUCGCAGAUACAUGUCGGAAACGUCGGAAGAAGAGGAAGACAGCGUAUCGGAGGUGGAGUCAUUUAUGAUCGACCAGGAAUUCGAGGACGAUCCCCAGGUGGAGGCGGCCAAGUUCCUGCUCAAUCCGGACGAAGACCGAGCCGUCGAUCCCGAAACGCAGGCGCGUCUCGAGCAGCUCUUACAAGCAGCUGGUAUAGGACAACUAGCAGCCAAAGAUGGUAAACACCUAGGCGAUCCCGAAGUACUUCGCCGUCUCACGUCGAGUGUCAGUUGCGCAUUAGACGAAGCAGCGGCCGCUUUGACGCGCAUGCGCUCCGAUAAUCCGCCCAAUCGAUCGAGCAACGGUGGCGGCAACGGCGGCGCCUCCUCCACCGCCACCGGCGGUUCCGCGGGACCGGCACAGCAACAACAACAGCAACAAGCCCAGGCGCCGGAGAAGACUUCCCUAGUGGAGGCUUGUACGGACGGUGAUGUCGGUACGGUGAGGAAACUCCUAACCGAAGGUCGAUCGGUGCACGAAACAUCAGAGGAAGGCGAAAGUUUGCUUUCAUUGGCUUGCAGCGCCGGUUACUUCGAGCUUGCCCAGGUACUGUUAGCCAUGCACGCGAACGUCGAAGACAGAGGUAUGAAGGGCGAAUGUACGCCAUUGAUGGAAGCAGCUUCUGCCGGCCACCUGGACAUCGUAAGGCUGCUAGUCGCCCACGGGGCGGACGUCAACGCCCAAUCGACAUCAGGCAACACCCCGCUGAUGUACGGUUGCGCCGGCGGUCACACGGAGGUGGUGAAAUUCCUCCUCGAGCACGACGCCAACGUCGAGGAUCACAACGAAAACGGGCACACGCCGCUGAUGGAGGCGGCGAGCGCCGGCCACGUCGGCCUGGCCAAGAUCCUGCUCAGCCACGGCGCCGGCAUCAACACGCACUCGAACGAGUUCAAAGAGUCCGCGCUGACGUUGGCCUGCUACAAGGGCCACCUGGACAUGGUGAGGUUCCUGCUGGAGGCCGGCGCCGAUCAAGAACACAAAACCGACGAGAUGCACACCGCUCUGAUGGAGGCCUCGAUGGACGGACACGUCGAGGUGGCGAGGUUGCUGCUGGACUCGGGCGCUCAGGUGAACAUGCCGACCGACAGCUUCGAAUCGCCGUUGACGUUGGCCGCUUGCGGCGGUCACGUGGAUCUGGCCAUGUUGCUGAUCGAACGUGGAGCCAACAUCGAAGAGGUCAACGACGAGGGUUACACGCCGUUGAUGGAGGCGGCGCGCGAAGGGCACGAAGAGAUGGUGCAUUUGCUGCUCGGGCAAGGUGCGAAUAUAAACGCUCAAACUGACGAAACUCAAGAAACCGCUCUAACGUUGGCCUGUUGCGGAGGAUUCACAGAAGUAGCCGAUAUCCUCCUGAAAGGAGGAGCCGACAUCGAACUGGGUGCCUCUACGCCUCUGAUGGAAGCCGCCCAAGAGGGUCAUCUUGAUUUAGUUAGGUUCCUGCUCGAAAACGGGGCGAACGUCCACGCUCAAACCCAAACGGGAGACACGGCUUUGACGUACGCCUGCGAGAACGGUCACACGGACGUGGCCGAUUUGCUGUUGCAAUACGGCGCCGAUCUCGAACACGAAUCCGAAGGCGGCAGAACGCCAUUGAUGAAGUCCUGUCGCGCCGGCCAUCUAUGCACCGUGCAAUUUCUCAUCUCCAAAGGAGCCAACGUCAGACGCCAAACCACCAACAACGAUCACACGCCGCUGUCGUUGGCCUGCGCCGGCGGUCACCUGCCGGUGGUCGAGCUGCUGCUCAGCCACAACGCCGAUCCGAAUCACAAGCUGAAGGACAACUCGACGAUGUUGAUCGAAGCGGCGAAGGGCGGUCACACGAACGUCGUGCAGCUGCUGUUGGACUAUCCGCAUUCGAUGCAACCGAUGAUGUUGAACCAGCACCAGCAAGGCGCCACGGCGGCCACGAAUCUGUCGAUGUUACCGGGCCAGGUGGGCAGCAGGGAAUCGCCACUGCCGUCCGGCACGAUGGCGUCGAGUUUGCCCGCCCAGCCUAUUAAUUUCUUCCAAUCGCCCACGGCCGUUUUGCAAGAGGUUCCCGACGCGGUGCGUAUAGUCCAACAAGAAGACGGCACGAGUCCCUCUAUAGACGUGAAUAAGCAACAAGUCCAGCAGCAGUCCAAUAGGAAUACGGAUCAGCAGAAGGUAUCCAUCGGUCGAAAGUUGUUGCCGAAAAGUAGAUCGACGGGCGCUGUUUUCGACAGUAAUCUCACUUCGGCCGAAGCCCAACAGGUGAGAACACAACCCCUCGAACUCGAAGACGACGUUAUUAUGGCGAACGCGGCUACCGUAGACUUUCUUAACAAAGACGAUCCGAACGCCACGCUGAUAGAUUUCAUAAAGAAUAGGAAGAAUCCGCAAUUCAACGGGAACGGAGAGGAGGGUUCGAGCCAGAAACAACAGAUUCUCGAAGAUUUACACCGAGUGGAGAGAGAUUUUCAUGGUAAAAUAUUUCAAUACGGACUAGCGCAAGAACAAUGCCCUUCGUCUACCAACAAUGCACUGCCUCACGUAUUAAACUUUGACAUAGCGAUGCAACAACAAAAGCAGCAAGGGCCGGGUACUGGCAUGCUGUCGGGUACGCUCUUUCCCGGGCAAAAUCUACAAGUCCACAAUGCUUUCUACGCAGGAUGCAGCACUCAAAUCGCCGUCGCCGGAGCGUCGUCGUGCCUCCAAAGCAACACUGCCACCGCCAAGCCGCAAGCGGCGGCGACAGCGGCCGCCGAGCCGUCGUCGUCGUCGUCGUCGGCGGCGGAAUCGUUCACGGCCGCCGCCGCCGCCUUCAUACAGCAGAAUCAAAACGUGCUGGCGAAGAACCAACCGUCGUAUUUCACCGGCGGCCACGAAUCGCCGCGCGUCGCCGCCGCUCCGUCGAAUCCGGCGACGACCAACAGCGCCGCCACGUCGCCCGCUCAGGUGAAAUUCCAAAGCGUCACCUCGCACGCCGACGUCAGUCAAAAUACCGCGAUAAUCGAUCGACCCAAAGCGAAACCGGUCUCGAAGAAGGAAGGCAAGAAUCUGCGGAAGCACCAACAACAACAACAGCAACAGGCGUUGGGGCAACAGCAACCGUUCCAGCCGAACGUGUACGCGCAACAGCCGAACCAGAUAUUCGGGCAGUUGCAAUUGCAGGCGCCGCAGCAAUUGCAAGUGCAAACGCAACAGUUCCAACAGCAGCAGCAGCAGCAACAGCAGCCGGACGGCAAGGGCCAGGAGCUGAUGAGCGUGCAAUGUUUGGAUUUGGCGUCGUUCGGCGACGAAGAUACGUUUCAUAACACUUCUAUACCGGCGCUGAGAGCUACGUUUGUCGGUUCACCGCAAAAGACUCGCCUCGAACUGUACGAUCAACCCGACGAAGGUAACAAAGUCACCAAGUUGGAAUUGACCGAUACGAGUCUUCCUUCGGUAGAAGAAGUCGUCCAGCAAUUGGAAUCUUUUAAUACGACGGAAGUCAACGAACAGAGCCUUUCGCAACACAACCUUCAAGUUCAACCCUAUCCCAGUGCUCUCGACGAAUCCAUGAUAGCAUCGUUAGCGGCGCAACAAGACCUGCCGACGCCCACGGAUCUGACGCGGGUGGAAUACUUCGCGGUACCCACGAACGGCGCCCAAGUCCCCGUACACGCCUUGUAUCCUUACGAGCAUUACCUCGGCGCCGGUUUGCCCAAGGAUCAACUAUUUCAAGCCGGCUUCCAGGCCGGUUACAGCCUUAUGCAGCAGCAACUCGCAUGUCCGAAUGCCAGCGGAACUGAAACAUUAACAACCACGAAUAUCGUUUCGACGUCCGUAGGCCCGGUACCCGGAACGUCUAAUCAACAAUUCAUGACGUCUCAACAGCAACAGCAACAACAACAGCCGGUGUGUACUCCGCCGCAGGGACCUUGCAGCCACAUAACCAACGCCACCGUUGCUCUGCAACAAGCCCACCACUGCCAGAUGCCUUGCAGCCAACACCAGGCGCAGCAGCAAUCGAACCAAGUGCAGGCCGCCACGCAAACGGCGCAAGCCGUCCAAGGCGACGCCAAGAAGGCGGCGAAGGGCAACGCGGGCGUCGGCGACGGCAUCAAGAUCAAGAAGAGCCGCGUGCUGAGGCACCAGAACCAGGUGCAGAGUUCGGGCACGUUCCCGCCUAGUCAGAACUACCAGAUCGAUCACAAUUCGGCGAUCACCCAGUACAGCGCCGGCCAACAGCAAUGUCCCAACAACGUCGUCGUGCCGCCCUGCAUGGACGUCGACUCGGAGACGGAGAGCAACCACGAUACGGCGCUGACGCUCGCCUGCGCCGGCGGCCACGAGGAGCUCGUCGAGCUGUUGAUUAGCCGCGGCGCCGACAUCGAGCACCGCGACAAGAAGGGUUUCACGCCGCUCAUACUCGCCGCCACCGCCGGCCACGAGAAGGUCGUCGAGAUCCUGUUGAAUCACAACGCCGACAUCGAAGCGCAAUCGGAGAGAACUAAAGACACGCCGUUGAGCCUGGCCUGUUCCGGCGGCCGAUACGAGGUGGUCGAAUUGCUCCUCAACAGGAACGCUAACAAAGAGCACAGAAACGUUUCCGAUUAUACUCCUCUCAGUCUGGCCGCUUCGGGCGGUUACGUGAACAUCAUCAAAUUGCUGUUGAGCCACGGGGCCGAGAUCAAUUCGCGCACCGGCUCGAAAUUGGGCAUUUCUCCGCUGAUGUUGGCCGCCAUGAACGGUCACACGGCCGCCGUCAAGCUACUACUCGACAUGGGCAGCGACAUCAACGCGCAAAUCGAAACCAACCGAAACACCGCUCUGACGUUGGCCUGUUUCCAAGGGAGGCACGAGGUCGUCAGUCUACUACUCGACAGAAAGGCCAACGUCGAACACAGAGCAAAGACUGGACUCACACCGCUCAUGGAAGCCGCCAGCGGCGGUUACGUCGACGUGGGUAGAGUCCUGCUGGACAAGGGGGCCGACGUGAACGCCACGCCGGUGCCGUCGUCGCGCGACACCGCCCUCACGAUCGCCGCCGACAAGGGGCACGUGCGCUUCGUCGAGUUGCUGCUGUGCCGCGGCGCCCAGGUCGAGGUCAAGAACAAGAAGGGCAACUCGCCGCUGUGGCUGGCCGCCAACGGCGGCCAUCUGCCCGUCGUCGAGCUGCUCUACAACGUCAAGGCCGACAUCGAUUCGCAGGACAACCGCAAGGUGUCGUGCCUGAUGGCGGCGUUCCGGAAGGGCCACGUCAAAGUGGUGAAGUGGAUGGUGCACCACGUGACGCAGUUUCCCAGCGACCAGGAGAUGCUCAGGUACAACGCGACCGUCAGCGAUAAGGAGCUGUUGGAGAAGUGCCACGAGUGCGUCAAGAUCAUACGGGCCGCCAAAGAAACGCAAGCGGCGAAGGCCAACAAGAACGCUUCGAUCCUAUUGGAGGAAUUGGAAACGGAGAAGACCCGCGAGGAGACCAAACGACUGGCGGCCGCCCGCAGGAGAGAGCGCAAGAAGAAGAAGAAGUUGGAGAAGAAAGAAGAGAGGAGGAAACUGUUGGAAGAGAACAAAAAGAACGAGAACUACGACGAUAAGGAGGAGCAAAAAGAGAAGGGUAUCGAAGAGGAGAAACCCGAAGAGGAAGAGAACGUUCCGGAAGUCAAUCCCGCCAUCCGUAACGCCGAUUCGAACGACAAAGAAGAAGGCGACAGCGGCAUAGACGCCAAUAGCCAAGGCAGUUGUUCCAGCGCCGAUCUGAAAUCGAAGGAUAAACGCAAGGAAAAGAAGAAGAAAAAGAGCAGCACGUUGAAGAACGAGUCCCACAAUCGUUCGAAGGCCGGUUCGAGCAAAGCGGCCGAACACGAAUCGCCGGAGAAGGGCGACAAGACGCCCGACAACAAAACCAAGCAGUACCUGUCGGUGCGGAAAACCAUGAAUUUCACGCAAACGAAAUCGCCGGCCGAACGGGACGAUUUCGAGGCCACCGGCAACGAGGUGUACGUGUCGACGAGGAAGAGCAAGUCGCUCAACGACGAUCUGCCGCCCAAGAAUUCCAUCAGUCCCAAGCAGAACAACAAGCGCGAGGAGGGCUGGAAGGAGGUGGUGAGAAAAUCGUCGGUGCAAACUCUCACGUCGUCCGAAUCGGGCGUCAAGAAAGUCUCGGUGCCGCUCAAUGCGAUAUCUCGCGUUAUCGGCCGCGGCGGCAGCAACAUCAACGCCAUCAGAGGCGCCACCGGGGCGCACAUCGAAGUCGAGAAACAAAGCAAAGGCCAAGGGGAGAGAAUUAUCACCAUUAAGGGUUCACCGGAGGCUACGAAGCAAGCUCAUAAUCUCAUCGCUACGUUAAUUAAAGAUCCGGACGUUGAUAUACUGUCUAUGCUGCCUAAAACCAACAAAACCGUCAGCACCACGACGACUCUAUGGGAUAAAACCCAAAUAGGCACGAAGAAAAACGCCGGUAAAAUAGCAGUGGUGAGUUCGAGUUCGAGCGUGGCGCACGCGCCGAAGGUGACCCAAACAGCCGCCGCCACGGCGGCCGCCGCCGCGGCGUCGUCCGCCGUAUCGACGAGCCGAUUCUCGACGACGACGACGGCCAAGCCGCGCAGCACCGUCGCCUACACGUCGCUGGUGCGCACGACGGCGCCGCGCCUCGUCGCCCAAGCCGAGAAGAACAACGCCGCCCAGGCGCAGAACCAGAACGUCCGCGCCGUUUCGCACGCUUCGAACCGGCCGACGGCGUCGUCGAAGGUCGUCGCGUCGUCGUCGGCGAACCAGACGUUCGCCGCCAAAUUGACGGAGACCUCGUCGACCGGUCAAUUGAUGAUCAACACGAACCAAGCCGGCAAGCCGAGGGCGUUGCCGGUGCCGCAGAGCGCCGUCGGGCCGGUGUCGCCGCAAUUGCCGGCCGCCGCUUCGAAUAACAACGGCAACGUGAUGUCGUCGCCGAACAGGAACGCGAGACCGACGCCGACCGCCUCGGCGCCGCCCAACAUGCAACAUUUUCAGAGUCCCGGCAAGGUGACUCAAUUGUUCGCCAGCAACAAUCCACCGAACGUCAACGCCGCCUCGAACAUCGAACCGAUCGCGAAUGCCAUGAGAAGUUCAACGCCUAACGGAGCCUUACAUUUAAUUAGCGCUGUGGUACAGCCGCCUCUGGUGCAACAAGAGGAAACGCCGAGCAUUCAAGCGCCUCCCGAGUACUCGCUGUUCUACGCCGGCGGCGAUCACUGGAACCGAAAGGAACAGGAAUCUCAGAAGCCUGUGAAUUUCGCCGCCGUCACCGGCGGCGGUAACGUGCAAUCGGCCAACCAGCACAAGUUCAUCGAUCAGGAACCGCCGCCGCAGGUGGACGCCUCGAAGGCGCCCGGUUACAGGGGCACGGCCGUUUGUAGUCCGGUCUCUUCGAAGACGAGCAGCAACAGCACCACGCCGCCGAACAUAUCGGCCGGGAAUUCGUAUCAAACCAGCUAUCAAGAGCAAAACAAACCCGGACCGAACGCUCUACCGCCCAUCGGUAGCAGCGUGACGCACAGCAGACCGCCACCGCCGGUAUCGCAAACUAACCAGGAUAUAUUCAGCGAAUUGUUCAAACACGGCGGCAACAACAUUCCAAAUAUGCUGAACGACGCUCAUCUGUUGCAGUCUAAUUUCAACGCCAUGCCCAAUUUGAACUUCUCGCAACCGCAACAGCACCAACAGCAAACGGCCAGCAUGUCGAGACUCAAUCCGAAAGCGCCGGAAUAUUCGAGCUACAGCAUGCAGCAGAACAAACCGACGCCGCACAUGUUCAACGGCUACCAGAACAACAUGUACAUGCCGCCGAAGCAACAGCAACCCAAUCAGCCGCCGCAGCAACAGCAGCAACAGCAGCAACCGAACAUGGACGCCUACCAUCGUUCGUCGGGCGUCGGUUUGAAUUCGCCGGCGCAGAAUCGAAACUUGUGGAUGCAAAUGCAGCCGCCGUUUACGCCGCAACAGAGCGAACAGCUGAUCAGCGGCAUAGCCGGCAUGACGUUGCACAGCAUCGCCAAGUUCACGGCGGCCGGUAACGAGGCGCUCGAAAACGGCGCCGAACUCGGCAUCGUGAAUAAUUCGCCGAAUAUGUCGCCGAACAUGCCUCCAGUGGCGCACAUGUAUCACCACGAGAAUAUGUACGGAAUCGAGGAUAGAAAGCCGCCGCAACCGAUCGGUACCGGCCGCAAGGCGUACAGCAACCCCAUGGAGAAUUGGAGGUCCAACGAGAAGGCGGAGAAAUGGACGUUGGGCGGCAACGCCGAUUAUUCCUUGAGGAAUCCGCAAGCGUACGCCGACGAUUUACCAUCGAUGGAUUACACGCGUCAAAUGUCCACGUUGGAGGGUCCGCAUCAUUUCAUGAACGGUCCGCAAUAUUUCAAUCAGCCGCCGUUGAACGCGGUUCGCAACGAUUUUAUGCAAGAUAUCCCGAAGUUGGAUCUUUCCUCUUGGGACAACGCUCCGAGGCCGAUACCCGAACUUCAAGAUAAACAGCAUGGGUGGAACAAGUGGAAUCAGUAA